UAUGGUUUAAUUUUGAGAAAACCACAAGACCCAACCGGACAACAGAUACAUAUAUUUACAUUUUUAAAUUUGCAUGUCUGUAAUGUGCUUUAUUUCAUCUUUGUGACACCAGGGCUUGUCAUAGCAUCUUCUGAAUGUUUUACACGCCUAAUAUUUUCACUUUCUGAUCUCAUUUAUUCAGUCUCCUUCAUUUAUUCAGCUCUUCAACAAUAUCAAAGCUGCUUUACAGAGAUAAUAGGAAAUGAAAGAGAGAGAGAUGAUUUUGUCUUUCGUUUAUAGCAGAAUAAAGUUAUUGUCCAGCUAAAGUUAAGCGUUGGUGUGUGUCUUCAUCACUUGUGUUGUCUUCAGUGUGAGGUCGCUGCUGUUGGGGAGUUAUGAUUGACAGUCAUAAUGACGAGAGCAUACGUGUGCCAUCUCUUGCUCAUGUCCCUCUACAUCACAGUGCUCCACACAAUCCCUGCUCCGGCCAACCUCACUAUAGUGUCCCAAAACUUCCGGCACAUCUUGCAGUGGAGUCCUGGGAUAGCGUCUCCUCCACGCACCGUGUUCAACGUCAAGCAAAGCUGUGAAGGAAGUAAAAAACCAGGAAAGUCCGCAGUGCGUGUGAACGUGACGCGUGCAACAGUAGAUGUGUCUAAAGCGCUGAGGAACAUCUACACAUACUGCACUUUCAGUGUGUGGGCGUCGCUCGGAAACGCCAGAUCGGCGGAAGUGAACACCAGUAUCACACCGUACGAAGACACCAGCAUCGGCCCGCCCGACGUGUCCCUGUCCGGCUGUGGGAACUGCCUGAAAAUCAGCAUCUCUCCGCCGCCGGACACACCCCUGACACCGCAAACCGGACGCUUCUAUAACUCUGUGGAGUACAAGAUCAGCUGGAGGAAAGCCGGACAGACUGAGGCCGAGCACAUCUCUACACUCAAGAACCAGACGGUCCUGCAGAACCUUCAGCCGGGACAGCAGUACUGUGUGAAAGUCCUUCCUCAGAUCAACUCCAACCCCAACACUCAAGAGUCAGAGUGGAAGUGCGAAUACACCAGUCGAGUGGAGCCCAGAGGUGGGCUGUAUGUAAUGAACUGGUCUCUGGGAGCGUCGGUGCCGGGUGUAGCUGCGCUCCUGCUAGCGCUGGGUCUGGUCUACACUGGGUUUCUCUGUAAGCUGAAGACGCCUCCUCUUAAAUCUCUGAGUAACAUCGUUUCUCAAGCCCACUAUCUGAUUCCUGAAGAGACGUCAUGUGAGCGAGUGUCCUCAACCGAGGCUCAGUUAACCACUGCAUCUACUAAAAACUAUCCCACCAAACCCAACAACACACUGAAUGUGGAGGACGACUCGGGGAACCCCCAACACGAGCUGAACUACGCCAACAAGGCCGACUCGGAGGAUGAGGAAGACGAGGAGGAGGAAGAUAGAGGCGUGUACAUGGGUUGUGUGAUAGAUGACAGUGGGUGGGGGACUAAUGAGAGCGAGGAGAAGGCUAUAGUUUCAUCUUCACACUCCAGGGAAGCAGCCGUAGAGGAGAUCCGGCGGGGGAACCUCGUCUCAGAGCUGUUUGACCCACACACACACACUCACUCAGAUGCGUCAGGGAACGUCAGCUUGUUCUCAGUCACUCUGAGGGCUCUGGGACCCCAGGAGAGCGGCGACUGUAAGCCUCUGCUCCUCGAGUCCGUGUUGAGACCAUGUGCCUCUGACGACUGUGUGCUGGAGGAAGAGGAGGAGGAGGAAGAGCUCCUGCUGGAGGACACGAGGCCCGAUGUGGACUCUCCGUCGGGAUAUAUGCUGACCCAUGCCGGAAACAUGAGUGGACUAACGCCUGACACCUCGUCAGAAGAGUGUGACACGGACUACAUCACACGGUGAACACCUCCAUAUUUAUGAGGAAUUGACGGGGCUUUCAUACAACAAAGCUUAGAAUUGAAGGUGUGCCUAAAUCAUGGAAAUUAUCCGAAUUAAAUGAAGAGUAACACUGGUGAUACGUCGUUGUUGUGUAUUUAUUGUUUUGGACCUCGAAACUCAAAAAAUACAGUGUUGUUGUAUGCUACAAUAUGCUAUCUUUUGGAAAAAGGCUUUUUGAAGAGCAAAUUUUUAUGAGGAAAUGCUUUUAUUAAAAAAAAAAUGCAGAUUUUUUUUAACUUGGGACUUGAAAAUGGGACAAUUUUUUAAUUCUGGAAAAAAAAUCACAUGUAAAUAUACACUUUUUGGCAUAACAUAGAUCUAGCCUGAAGCCCGUCUGGAUUAUAUGACCAUUAGUCUGUCCGUCUCAUGGAGAGAAACUGUGUUGCCAGAUUGGAAAUAUCCAAGUAUCGCACCAGAAGCUCAAAAUGAUCGUGUUUGGAUGAAAAUGAUCGUACACGAGCCAAACGGUUGAGGGGGUCACACACACACACACACACACACACACACGUAAGGUCUCUCGCUCUCUCCCUCUCUGCCGUGCUCUUACCUUCAUGACGUAGAUCCACAGCUAGAUCAGUGAAGCACUAUGAUUACAUUGACCUCUGAUUGAAGUGGCACAAAAUUCUGAAAUUAUCGCACAUAAUGGGGUCAAAACUAUCGUACAAAUACGAUAAUUAUCGUCGGUCUGGCAACACUGAAGUGAAAUCUUGCUGUAGUUUUGAAAUCUAGGCGCCGUUUUAAGACGCAAUAUGCACACUCGUGUCACACGUCUUUGGCGCCACCUGUUGUUCCGGGUGCAUUAUUGACAUGUAAAACUACAUAAGAUGAACCCAU